AUGGCUUUAACAAGAGAGGUUUUGGAAGAACUACUCGACAAGAAACUGGCGCCAUUGCAGGCGUCUCUUGACUUUCUAAAUGAAAAGUACGACAUCAUCUUAAAGAAAGUCUCAGAUCAAGAGGUUAAAGUAAAAGAACUCUCGAAAGAGAAUUCUCGUCUUCUUUCGGAAGUGGGGCUACUCAGAUCUACAUUAUCAAACCAAGGGAAAUGGCUAAACGAUCUAGAGCAAUAUGGCCGCCGGGAAUGCCUCGAGAUCCGUGGGAUCCCUGAGGUUAAAGGAGAAGACACUUCUCAAAUAGCGUGUCAAGUCGCCAACCUAAUUGGGGUCAAGCUCUCGAGACAGGAUAUCUCGACCAGCCACCGCAUCAAGCCUAAAAACUCGACGGCAAAGUUCCCGCCCUCCAUCAUAGUCAAAUUUACAAGCCGUGACAAGCGAGACGAAACAUACAAAGCCAGGGGGAGGUUGCGUGAGCUCUCCACACACAACGUGCCUGGCCUGGAUAGAUUUAAAAGUAACUCGAUCUAUCUCAGUGAGUCUCUCACUCAAAGAAACAAGGCAUUAUUCAAAAGUGCGUUGGAGGAUAGAAAACAAAUGAAGUAUGACUUCAUUUGGACUGCAAAUGGAAACAUCUAUUUGCGCAAGAAUGAACGCAGUCCAUCGAUUCAUGUUACCGAUGAAUCGGUAUUAAUAAAUCUAAGAAGCUCCAGCUUUGUUCACGAAGUCGAAGGGGCGACGGCGAUGACAGAUACCAACAUCUCCUCCAAGAGCGACAGUGCGGCAAGUACAAAUACAGCAAGUUAA